AUGGCUGCCUCAGUGAGGGUGUCAGGCCCGCCAAACAGUAGUUUCUUAAUAGGCUAUCCAGGAAUUUCGGCAACACUGCCGCGCAUAGAAGGAACCGUUGAAAUUAGGCCCUCACAGGGCUAUUCAAUGCCCGUCGCCAUAUCGCUGGUUAGGAUAUGUCUUCAAAGACGAGAGUCGAUACACCCGGCUGCCGACAACAUGGCCAAGAAGCACUUGGGAACACCCCGCCGUGAAACGACCGAUAUUGUUGGCAAGGAACAUCUCCUUUUCCGGUGUCCUGACGGCAAGGAAUCUGAAAAUGUUAUCGCCAUGGACCUUCCUUUCGUCCUCUUUAUCCCUUUUGGUCGCGGUGGCGAGGAGACCAACAGGAGGAUUCCUCCAGCAUCCCUACAGUUGCCUAGUCGAACUGCCGAGACAUAUUACGAGCUCAUAGUUACCGUCCAGCAAGGUGCCAGCCAUCAGAACAAGUACCAUUUCCCCCUGCCGCUCCAGAGGUACGAUACACUCUCGACGUUCGGCAUGUACAAUCGCCCCGAAUCCAAAGUUGCGACGGCGGAUAACAUUGUGACGUUGGGAAUCUCAUUGCCGCGCUGGAGCUACGGACCACUGGACCCGAUCACCGUCUACAUAAAACUUGCCCCAAAUCCAGACUGGCUGAACAAGGCCAAGCGGGUCACAAUCAACAAGAUCACUCUAAGCAUAGAGGAAGAAAUUACAUACAACCCAGAGGGUGAUGAGCCGCAGAAAAAGGUCAAUAGGAUUUCCAAGCACACGCAACCGGUCGGGACUAGGCUUCCCGAGGCAGGUUACACUACGAAUCUUGGACUCGUGUUUCCGUCGCGAGAUCUCAGAGACGCUGAAGGGGUUAUGCGCCGAGGAGAGCCAUCCAAGUUUCCAAAUCACGAGGUGACGUCGUUCACCACGACCUCGACUCUGUACAAGGUGGAGUUCUUUCUCACAAUCAAGGCAUCAAUGAGCUCCGCACGUGAUAUUACUCUCAGACAGCCUAUUGUUAUCUGCCCAAUGGACCAGCAAGCCUGUAAGGAGGAAAUCGAGGCCAUUGAGCAAGCAGCGAGGGAUGCUUCACUUGUGGAUCCAAAUCACCCAUAUACGCCAGCAAAGACUAUUGUGCUGGCUAGCCAUGAGAACUCCCUUCGGCACCUGGGUCUUUGUAUUGUGGGCGGGCAGAAGAAGCCUUUGAUCGAAUGA